CUGCGCCGGCCGCCGCGCCGCUCGGGGAAGCCCGGGGCCGCCGCCGCUCAGGGCCGAGGCGGUCGCCCAACGCGCUGGCCCCUCGUUUACUCUCCGCUGCCCCCCCCCCCCCGCCGGAGGAGUCAAAUCCGGCUUGCAGAGCGAGGGGAGGGUGGGGAUAUCCGGUGCCUCUCCCGCGCCGGAGGAGGGGGAGGGCGGAGAGGAUCCCUGGCCAGUCUGCGCCAGCAGAUUCAAACCAAAACAAAAAGAUUAAAGGAGCAGUGACUGGGGCAGACACCCUCGCCGGCCGGGAUCCGGGCGAGCGCGCCCGCUUCCACUAGGGCUGCGAGACUGGCGGGAGCUGCGCGCGGCCGGGCUGGGGGCGGGGGCGGGGCGGGGGCGGGGGCCGAGUGACUGUGGUGGGAAGGGGGAGCCGAGGGGAGGGCGCAGGCCGGAGGAGGGGCGGGCCAGCCCGCGCGGAGCCGAGCGGAGCUGAGCCGAGCGGCCCGGGCUGGGCGCGACCCCGACCGGCGGCGGCUGCAGCGCGGACAGCGGGCCGAGGCGAGGGCAGGCUAUGUUGCGGCUGGCGGCCGCCGGCGCCCGAACCAUCGUGGACAUGUCUUACUCCCGCCACUUCCUGGACUUCCAGGGCUCCGCCAUCCCCCGCACCAUGCAGAAGCUGGUAGUGACCCGGCUAAGCCCUAACUUCCGCGACGCGGUCACUCUGCGCCGGGACUGCCCGGUGCCGCUCCCUGGGGACCGAGACCUUCUCGUCCGAAACCGCAACCCCUUCUCCUCCCCCUCCCGCUCCCGAAAUAAAACCGGCGGGACCCAGAAGGGGAGGCUCCCCUCGCGGCCCACCCACGCGCACCCACGGUUCCUGCGUGACAUAAUCUUUAGUGGAACAGAAACAGCCCGGACUCGAACUGCGACGUUUAGAUUUGUUGGUAUUAAUGCAUCUGACAUCAAUUAUUCAGCUGGCCGCUAUGACCCAUCGGUGAAGCCCCCCUUUGAUAUAGGUUUUGAAGGGAUUGGUGAGGUAGUAGCCUUAGGCCAUUCUGCCAGUGCCAGAUACUCAGUGGGGCAGGCCGUGGCUUACAUGGUGCCUGGUUCCUUUGCUGAGUACACUGUCGUGCCUGCCAGCCAUGCAACUCCAGUCCCCUCGGUGAAACCAGAGUAUCUUACCCUGCUGGUAAGUGGCACCACUGCAUACAUCAGCCUGAAAGAGCUCGGAGAACUGUCAGAAGGGAAGAAAGUUUUGGUGACAGCAGCAGCUGGGGGAACGGGCCAGUUUGCUGUGCAGCUCUCAAAGAAGGCAAAGUGCCAUGUAAUUGGAACCUGUUCUUCUGAGGAAAAAUCUGCUUUUCUGAAAUCUAUCGGAUGUGACCGUCCCAUCAACUACAAAACCGAGCCUGUUGGAACCGUCCUGAAAUCCGAGUACCCAGAAGGUGUAGACGUGGUCUAUGAGUCUGUCGGGGGAGCCAUGUUUGACUUGGCUGUAGACGCUUUGGCUACCAAAGGGCGCUUGAUAGUAAUUGGGUUUAUCUCUGGCUACCAGAGUCCUACUGGCCUUUCGCCUGUGAAAGCAGGAACACUGCCAGUCAAAUUGCUGAAGAAAUCUGCCAGUGUCCGUGGCUUUUUCCUGAACCAUUAUCUCUCUGAGUAUCAGGCAGCCAUGGAGCAGUUGCUCAAGCUGUGUGCCAGUGGGGACCUGGCCUGUGAAGUGGACCUGGGUGACCUGUCUCCAGAGGGCAGGUUUACUGGCCUGAACUCCAUAUUCCGGGCUGUCGAUUAUAUGUACAUGGGAAAAAACACUGGAAAAAUUGUAGUUGAAUUACCUCACUCUGUCAACAGUAAGCUGUAAAAACAGAACAGUGACAUAAAUCAAAGGAGAAAGAAAGCGAGUACUUUAUGCCUCAGAAUUACUCAAAUCAAUUUAUUUUAGUUGGUGGUGGAUAUGGUAUUUUUUUAAACAACAGUAAGGUGUUAAUGAAUGUAGAUGUCUCCCUCCUCCCCUGUGGACAGAAAAAAAAGUGCCAAUAAAAGUUCCCUCCAUGGCUAACAGGUAAAAA